AAGUUUUAUUAACAGCCACCGCUCGCAUCGCAUCUCACAUUCAUCUCCAAAACCGGAAUAAGAAAAAGUAUAAAUAAAUAAAUAAACGAAACAGAAAAAACAAACAGAAACGCAGGAAACCAGCCGCGCCGCCGCCCUUCUCUUGCUUUCCUCUCAGACAUGGCAACUUCUUCUUACUCACUGUUGCACUCCUCUCUCGGUUCCUCUCUCACUCACAAACGUAAGCACUUCCAUCAAAACCCUAAGCUUCCCACCGGCCGCCGUCCAACGGUUAUCUUAUGCACUUCUUCCACACUAGACCCCUCCCCUUCGUCUAAUAACACGCCACCGGUCACCAAGCAACGCCGCGCCGCUGAUGAGAACAUCCGCGACGAGGCGCGUCGUCAAAAUUCUGCUUCGGCUGCUAAUACCUUUUCCGCUAAGUAUGUUCCCUUCAACGCUGGGCCUGACUCCCGUGAGUGGUACUCGCUUGACGAGAUCGUAUACAGGAGUCGCUGUGGUGGACUCCUCGACGUCCAGCAUGACAUGGAAGCUUUGAAGAAGUUUGACGGUGCGUACUGGCGUGACUUGUUUGACUCGCGCGUUGGAAAAACUACGUGGCCGUAUGGAUCCGGAGUCUGGUCUAAGAAAGAGUGGGUGUUACCGGAGAUUGAUUCCGAUGACAUAGUGUCGGCUUUUGAAGGGAACUCGAAUCUGUUUUGGGCUGAGCGUUUUGGCAAACAGUUUCUGGGCAUGAAUGAUUUGUGGGUUAAACACUGCGGCAUUAGCCAUACUGGUAGCUUUAAGGAUCUGGGCAUGACCGUUCUGGUCAGCCAAGUGAACCGUUUGCGCAAAAUGAAACAGCCUGUUGUUGGAGUCGGCUGCGCGUCCACUGGAGACACCUCGGCAGCACUUUCUGCUUAUUGUGCAUCUGCAGGAAUUCCAUCGAUCGUUUUCUUGCCCGUAAACAAGAUCUCAAUGGCGCAAUUGGUGCAGCCAAUUGCAAAUGGAGCUUUUGUAUUGAGCAUAGACACUGAUUUUGAUGGGUGCAUGAAACUAAUUCGUGAGGUUACAGCCGAAUUGCCAAUUUAUUUAGCGAAUUCUCUGAACAGUUUGAGGCUAGAAGGUCAAAAAACUGCUGCAAUUGAGAUUUUGCAGCAGUUCAAUUGGGAAGUGCCAGAUUGGGUUAUAGUUCCAGGUGGUAAUUUAGGGAAUAUAUAUGCCUUUUACAAAGGGUUUAAAAUGUGUCAAGAGUUGGGGCUUGUUGAUAGAAUACCAAGGCUAGUUUGUGCUCAAGCUGCAAAUGCUAAUCCACUUUACUUGUAUUACAAGUCCGGAUGGGAAGAUUUUAAGCCUGUGAAAGCGAAUUCCACAUUUGCUUCGGCUAUACAAAUUGGGGACCCGGUUUCUAUAGACAGAGCUGUAUAUGCUUUGAAGAAUUCAAAUGGGAUUGUUGAGGAAGCCACAGAGGAGGAGUUGAUGGAUGCAAUGGCACAAGCUGAUUCUACAGGGAUGUUUAUCUGCCCACAUACGGGAGUUGCAUUGACCGCAUUGAAUAAGCUUAGGAAUAGUGGGGUUAUAGGGCCUAUGGAUAGGACAGUGGUGGUGAGCACAGCUCAUGGAUUGAAAUUUACUCAAUCUAAGAUUGAUUACCACUCCAAAGCAAUACCAGAUAUGGCCUGCAGGUUUGCUAACCCUCCUGUGCAAGUUAAGGCAGAAUUUGGGGCUGUCAUGGAUGUUCUGAAGAAUUUUUUGGGUAACAGGGUUCCUAAAUAAACUAUUUGGUGACAUUGUAAGUUAAACGCUUAGUACUCCGAAUGGCUUUUCGUUUUUAAGAGUUAUCUUUAUCUAUUAGUUUUAAUUUGGUCUUUCCUUUAAUUCCACUGUAGGUUGCCUUGUUUUUACAAUUUGUGGGAUUUUUUUUCCCCAGUUCACUUAGGUUUUCAUGAGUAGAAACUUAGCAAGCUAUUGUUAGACGAAUUAACCCUCUUUCAGACA